AUGUCUUUGCUUCUUCUUUCUUUUCAUUUAUUGAUUUCUUUUUCAUCGUCUUAUUUAGUUUCUUUUAGACAUUUUAUUUAUUUUCUUUUGAAAAAUUUCUUUCAUUCAUGUUACUUCUUAAUUUUCUUCUCUCCCUUAUUUUCUCUUUUCAAUAAACUUCCAAUCUCCUUUCUUUCUAAAUCUUUCUUUUUUCUUUUUUUACACGACUUUUUACCCCAUCUUUCUUUUUUAUCCGUUUAUGCGGAUCCAUCUUUCCUGGCAUUUUUGUUUAAAUUCUUUACCUACUUCUUAACUUCCCAGUUAUUCUAUUCUCUUAUCUUUUCCUUGCUUGUUUUUUCUCUCCCUAUUUUUCAUCUGUUUCAUGAAUUAUCUCCCUUUAUUUUCUUCGCCUCACGUCAGCACUCUUUCGCGCAAUCUACUUCCAGUGCUAUUCUUAUAAAUUAUACUAUACUUACCAAGACGUUUUCUUUAACUAUUUCUUACCUAUCUACAUUUCUCACUCUUGAUGAUUUUUUUUCUUUUUCAUUUCCACUUUUUCACUUCUUUUUUAUACUUUCUAUUUCAAAUCUUACCUAUCUAUUUAUUCCUAACAAAUAUUUCAUAUUUUUCCUCUUCCUUCCUCUAUUUCGUUCGUUCAUUCACCCAUUUUUUUUUUUCAGACCGCUGCUGGUUUAUAUUUUAUAUUUCAAAAUCCUACCUAUCUAUUCAUUCCUGGCGUAUAUUUCAUAUUUUUCGUCUUCCUUUCUCUUUUUCGUUCAUUCAUUCCGGCUUUUUUAUACCUCUGCUUUUCUUUUUCUUUCAAAGCCUAGCUGUUCAUUUUCAACAUCUAUUUCAUUUUUUUUCCUUUUUGUUCAUGUUUCUUUUUCUCUUUCCCUCGCCAUCUGUUUCGCCAUCAACUUCUUUCAUUUUUCUUUUUUCUCCUUCUUUAUGUAUUCUUAUGCUUAUUUUCCUUCCUUACGGCGUUUCACUUGCCUUUCUCUUGCUUCGUUCCUAAUUGUUUAUCAAACUCAUAUCGAUCACAGUUUUCUUUCUUUCUUUUUUUUUUUCUUUCUCUAA